AUGGCAUUGGUUUCGGCAGCUCCAUAUUUGGCUCUCUUGAGUGAGCAAGACUCGAGCUUGAAGGCGUAUGCUUUGAACUCCUUGAACGACGUGGUCGAUCAAUUGUGGGCAGAAAUCGCCAAUAACAUCACCGACUUGGAAGAGCUUUACGAGGAUCAGUCCUUCGAAAAGAGAGCUUUGGCUGCUCUUAUCAUUUCCAAGGUCUACUACAACUUGGGUGAUUUCGAUGCCUCCGUCAGAUACUCACUCUUCGCAGGUGACGAGUUCAACAUUGAGGAGCAAUCGCAGUAUAUCGAGACCAUUGUAUCCCAAUGCAUCAAUCUCUACAGCUCAUUGUCACAAAAGAAGUAUGUUGAUUCCUCGGUAGAAAUCGAUCCUCGUUUAUCUGGAAUCUUUGAGAGAAUGUUGGAAAAAUGUAUCAAAACCAAUGAAUUGAAGUUGGCCAUCGGAAUUUCUUUGGAAAGUUACAGAUUGGACAUUGUCAAGCACGUAUUGGAACAACAGAUCAAAGUUAACGAAGAAAACGCAUUAAAUUUGAUAAACUAUGUUUUGGUGUGCACCAAUACUGUCAUAAGCAACACUACAUUCAGAUCUGAAGUCUUGAACUCUUUGGUUUCCUUGCUCUUGUCGUUGUCCAAGUCCCAAGAUUUCUUCACCAUUUUCAAGAUCGUUGUGCAGUUGAACGACUCCAAGUUGGGAAGCACCAUUUUCAAGGAAUUAAUCAAAAAGAACGAAGAAUUGAUUGCUUAUCAAGGUGCUUUUGAUUUGGUGAGCACUGCUUCUCAAGAGUUGUUAGAUACUACUAUCAGUGAAUUGACAAGCGAUAGCUCAAUCGAUGUGUCUGAGCCUGUUACAAAAAGAUUGUUGAGCAUCUUGUCAGGCGUUCCUACUUGUGAUUUGGAUAUCACUUUCUUAUACAAGAACAACAACACUGAUAUCACCAUUUUGAACAAGACCAAGAACUUGUUAGAAAGCAGAUCAUCAGUUUUCCAUUCUGCUGUGACUUUUGCUAACGCUUUCAUGCACGCAGGAACUACUGAUGAUUCUUUCUUCCGUAAGAACUUGGAAUGGUUAGGUAGAGCUACAAACUGGUCCAAAUUCUCAGCAACUGCUGCAUUGGGUGUUAUACACAAGGGUAACUUAUCGCAGGGUCGUAACAUCUUGAAGCCUUAUUUGCCAGGAUCUUCUGGGGCUGCUCAUUCGAAGGGUGGUUCCUUAUUCGCUCUUGGUUUGAUCUAUGCCGGUCAUGGUAGAGAAAUUAUUGAGUACUUGAAGCUGUUCAUUGAUGAGCAUGGUAACUCUGCCGGAAGUAGCGAAACCGAAAUCAUUUUGCAUGGUGCUGCUCUCGGUGCUGGUGUUGCUGGAAUGGCAUCUGGUAGUGAGAGUCUCUUUGAAGCAUUGAAGGUUGUUUUAUAUUCCGACUCUGCGGUCUCUGGUCAAGCGGCUGGUUUGGCUAUGGGUCUAGUGAUGUUGGGAUCUGGUAACGAAAGUGCCAUUAAUGACAUGUUCACAUACGCCCAAGAGACUCAACACGAAAACAUCAUCCGUGGUUUGGCUAUCGGUAUUGCUUUGUUGAAUUACGGACGUGAAGAAAAGGCUGAUUACGUGAUUGAGAAAUUAAUGAAACAAGAGAAUCCAAUUUUAAGAUACGGUGGUGCUUUCACCAUUGCUUUAGCAUAUGCUGGAACUGGAAACAAUGGUGCGAUCAAGAAAUUAUUACACUACGCCGUAUCUGACCCAUCCGAUGACGUCAGAAGAGCUUCUGUGUUGUCCUUGGGUUUCUUACUCAUCCGUUCAUACACUGCUGCUCCACAAAUAGUCCAGCUCUUGUCACAAUCUCACAAUCCACAUGUCCGUUAUGGUACCGCCAUGGCCUUGGGUAUUUCUUGUGCUGGUAGAAGCUUACCAGCGGCAAUUGAGGUCUUGGAACCUUUGACUAAGGAUCCAGUAGACUUUGUGAGACAAGGGGCUUUGAUGGCCAGUGCUAUGAUUUUGAUCCAACAGAAUGAGACUGCUUAUCCAAAGGUCCAAGAAUUCACCAAGCAAUACGCCGACACCAUCAAAAACAAGCAUGAAGAUGCUUUAGCCAAGUUUGGUGCAACCUUAGCACAAGGUAUCAUUGAUGCUGGUGGUAGAAAUGUUUCUAUCAACUUAGAACAUGCGCAAACCAAUACCUUGAACAUUAAGGCAAUUGUUGGUUUGACCGUGUUUGCCCAAUCGUGGUACUGGUUCCCCUUGGCACACUUCUUGUCUUUAUCAUUCACCCCAACCUCAAUCAUUGGUGUUAGAAGUGACUUGAAGGCACCACAAUUCGAGCUUAACUGCCAUGCCAAACCUGAAUUGUUCCAAUACCCACCAAAGGUCGAAGAAGCCAAGGAAAAACAGCCAGACAAGUUGGCUACCGCAGUGUUGUCCACCACCAAGAAGGCGAAGUCCAGAGCUAAACAAAAGCAAAAUAAGAAGGACAAGAUGGACAUAGACGAGGAAAAGCCUGAACCUGCCAAAGAGGCCGAAAAGGAGAAGGAGAAGGAGAAGGAAGUUUCAGUUAAGGAGGAAUCUAAGGAAAAUAAGAACGAGCCAGCCGUGAUCCGUUACACCAAGACCCCCUACAAGAUUGGAAACAUGACAAGAGUGUUACCUGCUCAAUCGAAUUACAUCGCGUUUUCAAAGGACGACAGAUACGUGCCAGUAAGAAAGUUCAGGGGUACUGGUGGGGUUGUGGUAUUGGAAGACACCAAGCCCGAAGAAAAGGCUGAGACCAUCAGAACCGUGAGACAGCUCAACGCCACUGAAGCUCCGGUGCCAGAGCCUUUCACCUUGAGCGAGGAGGAUUUGCAAGAAGAUGAUUAGAAAGCUAAAUAGUGUAAUGCACAUUCAGAGUAAUUG